AUGGCGACCAACUCACCAAAUCCAGUUCCUUUUUCUGAACCACCCUACCUGCGUGGUUUGCCAUCCCCAUACAUUACCCCUGCACACCGUCGUUUCCAGGAAGCAUGCCGCAAGUUCGCGUGGGAAAAUUUGAUUCAACAUGCAAUGGAGUGGGAGAAGGAAGGAACCGUGCCGGAUCACGUCUUCCAUACCUUCUGCAAACACAACAUGUUGUUACCAAACAUGCCUGCUCCUCUUCCAGCGGACUGGCUGAAGCGCCUGGGCAUCAAUGAUAUCCUAGGUGUCAAGGUAGAAGACUGGGACUACAUCUAUACUGGAAUUUAUACUGAUGAGUUGGCACGAUCUGGCCUCAGUGGCCCUGGAGGCUCCUUGAAUGCUGGUUUUGCCUUUGGAAUCCCGCCAAUUGUCAAAUUUGGCAGCAAAGACCUGCAAGAAAGGUUUCUCCCCGACUUACUCACCGGAAAGAAACGUGCCUGUAUUGCGAUUACAGAGCCCGAGGCCGGAAGUGACGUUGCGAACAUUGUCACCACUGCAGUCAAGACUGAUGAUGGCCAACACUACAUAAUAAAUGGAACUAAGAAAUGGAUCACCAAUGCUAUCUGGUCUGACUACGCAACCAUGGCAGUACGAACAGGCGGUCCAGGACCUACUGGACUAUCGGUCCUUGUAGUGCCGCUCAAAAACCAUCCAGGAGUCACGAUGCGUCGUCUCAAGGUCUCUGGUCAAAAGGCUGGUGGAACUACUUACAUCGAACUCGAUGAUGUCAAAGUCCCGGCCUCUAACUUGAUUGGCAAAGAAGGGGAAGGCAUGAGAAUCAUCAUGACUAACUUCAAUCACGAGCGCUUGGUUAUAUCCGUUGGUGUUACUCGUCAAGCACGUGUGGCGUUGGCUGCCGCAUUUUCAUACUGUCUCAAACGCGAAGCCUUUGGUAAGACGCUUAUGGAUCAGCCGGUUGUCCGACAUCGACUUGCCAAGGCAGGUGCUGAGCUUGAGACCAUGUGGGCUUGGGUUGAGCAGAUUCUAUAUCAGCUUUGUCAUCUGAGUAAGGAAGAAGGAGACAGACAGCUCGGCGGAUUGACAGCUUUGGCGAAAGCCAAGUCAGCCAUGGUCCUUAACGAGUGUGCUCAAGUCGCUGUUUUGCUCUUCGGUGGAAAUGGCUUCACUCAAACUGGCCAGGGUGAGCUUGUUGAAGCUAUCUACCGCGAUGUUCCUGGGGCACGCAUUCCCGGUGGUUCAGAGGACGUUCUGCUUGACUUGUCUGUUCGCCAGCUGGUCAAGAUCUAUCAAGCCCAAGAGAAGAAGCUUGGUCAAAGUUCAAUGAUUUAA